AUGGAGGAGACAGAUCACAUUUCCAAUGACUCUGCUGAAGAAACAUCACAGCUGCUUCCCAGCAAUGGAGAAACAUCCUAUAGUUCAAACUCACACAGAAGUGACAGAUCUCCCAGUGCUAUUCUGGAGCGGCCAGAAGACUAUAAAAGUAGAUGGCGAUCAAUCAGGCUCAUGUACCUGGUCAUGUUCCUGGCCUCUGUGACUUUCACCAUCACAAUGUCCUCGCUCUGGCCGUUCCUGCAAGUGCUCAACCCCUCAGCCAGCACAAGUUUCCUAGGAUGGGUGGUCGCAGCCUACAGUGUAGGGCAGCUUGUUGCUUCCCCGAUUUUUUGGGGGCUGGGCAAAUCUUCGUAG